AAGGAAAUGCAUCCCACAAUGGCCAUGCUCAACGCAGGCAUGGUCAACAAAUACUACCACAAAGCCAUCAACGACAUUGCUCUCCGGUGGGACGCCCGGAGCGAAAACCCCAGAGCCGUCUACCACGCUGCAGUGCACAACAACGUUGAUCUCCUCCGCCAGGCCCUUGAAAAGCCCGGUGCUAAACCGGACUACGUCCCACGGGGCCCACUGCCGUCUUUAUGGACGCCACUGAUGGUGGCUGCGUCUAAAGGCUAUGCUCAAGUCGUGGACCUGCUUCUGCACAAGGGGGCCAAUCCAGCACUAAGCUUUGCCGACCGUCAUCCCCCAUGGUGGAAACCGCGUCCAUUUUCUGGAUGCCCAGAGUCAGGUAUGGGCCUGUAUGAGUUUGAAAGAGACCUUUCUCGGCAGCCCUCGCCCCUCCAUGCCGCCAUGUUGGCUCCCAAGAACGCGUUGGUCAUUUCCAAAACCAUACUCGGGUCUCUCCCACCACGCUUCUUGACCAAGAUUUCCGAACCGCAUGGACUCUUCCUUGCUACUGCUGUUGCUCAAGAUCACGUCGACUUGGUGGAUAUGCUAAUCAAUCGAGGCGCAGAUUUUGAUCACGGAGGCGUAACUAGCUUCCGUAUGAAUACUCCGGUACUUCAUCAUGCCAUCUCCGGCGAUAUGGUUCGCAAGCUGACCCUGGCAGGUGCGCCGCUACAUACACCUGUCGAGUUCGGCCUCAAUGCUUUCCAUGCCGUCUGUCUCCGUCAAGCAGAUUGCUCUUCUGCAAUAAGAGAGCUCGUUCGACAGGGCGUAAAGCUUGAAGAGACCACGACUAGCAUAGACCUACGACCACCUCUGAUCCCUGAACGGGGACCUCGCCGGAAGAUCCCUCAGACAGCUCUCAAUCUCGCAUGUAGGCAGCUCAACGUCGCUCACAUCCGAACGCUGCUCGAAUUAGGCGCUCAUCCGCUUGGGGCAUGUCUUGAGGAGAGCCCUAGGAAGAAGAUGAAGGGCAGUGAGUUCGUGAAGGAUAGCGAGCUCUUCAAGGUGACUCCCCUUCACGAUCUACUUCUCCCCGAUUACUUUGCCCUGCAAGCACACCAAAAGAGCAAUGAGGAAAUCGCAUGCGCCAUGAAAGCGGCUUUCAAUCUGAUGAUAAGCCACCCUUUGGCUGCCGAAGCAGUAUCGUCUUACGGAAACUUUGCCCUUGGGUGGCCAAAGAGCAAUCUCAUGGCCAGGAUUUUAAGAUCAUUUUGGAUGAGGGGCCGCAUCGAUUACACAAGAGACUUUGGUAGGUACACCCCGCUCCAGCUUUUCUUCAUUCAUCCGUUCUCGGACGACCCCGAGAUUCCACAGGCCAUGUUCGACUUGGUACAAGAUGGUAGGGAUCAGAUCAACACCAUCAUAAAGCCGCUUUACAUCACGCCGCUCCUGGCUCUCCUAGGCCACCGCUUCGACCAUUCUCUCGGCGACGCAAACUUUUACCGACCAAAACUGCUCAAGUGGCUCCUGGAACACGGCGCCGACCCGAACUUGUGCGACAGAGAAGGCUUCUCGCCCCUCCAUUAUGCAGUGUUCUGGCUCGAUGUUUCGGCCGUCGAGCUUCUCCUCUUAUACGGCGCCCGAGUCAAGCGUGAGGAUGAACUCCAGGUCAUGGACGUACUGUUCGGUGGCGUCUUCACCAGAGAGCAUGAAAAAGAAGCGAAAAAAGAUCGCCCCUCACGGAAGAGCGAGUGGACGCAAAUGGUGAAGCAAAUCCGCACACACGCGUGGUCGAUGCACUGUGUCGACAGCAACAUUGAGCGAUGGCAGCCCGGCACGCCGCUGCCCGCAUGUACGCUCUUCAAAUUCGAGGUUAAGCUUAUAUUUGAAAUGUACGAUGAGGUGUUCUUGCCUUCAGAGCUCGUGACGCGGUGGGGAGGGCUGCGUGAGGCUCUGAAGGGGGAUGCCGACGAGCGUAGGAAGCGAAUCUUUGCGGCGCUGCUGCCAACGCCAAACGUGCUACCCUUUUUUAAGCCCAAGGGGGUUAUGAAAGGUGAUGGUGAGUUGGACCCUGGCGAGGAUGGGUCCGGUCCUGACACGAUUCGGUACAGUGUUUUGGAUUGGGCCACGGCGACGGCCCAGGAUGACUGGUUCUUGGACGAGAUUAAGCGGCUUGGAGGG